AUGAAAGGCUUAGCAAGAAGCUAUGUCUGGUGGCCGGGCAUUGACACAGACAUUGAACACGUUUGUAAAUCUUGUACAGGAUGCCAGGAGGUCAAGCAUGCGCCACCCGCCGCACCUAUUCACCCAUGGGAAUGGCCGUCCAUUCCCUGGCAGCGUAUUCAUAUAGAUUUUGCAGGCCCAUUCCUCGACAUGAUGUUUUUUGUGGCAGUCGAUGCCCAUUCAAAAUGGCCUGAAGUGGUUCCGAUGAAAACGACCACAGCAGAGAAAACUGUGGAGGUGAUGCGAGAGAUAUUCAGCAGAAACGGAGUCCCAGCUCAGGUAGUGAGCGAUAAUGGCCCCCAGUUCGUAUCGGAACAUUUUUCCAAUUUCAUGAGGUGUAAUGGAAUUAAACACACAACAUCAGCUCCAUAUCAUCCAAGCACUAACGGUCUCGCGGAGCGUUUUGUCCAGUCUUUCAAAUGUGCAAUGAAAGCAAGCAAGAAGGACUCUGGUUCAGUACAGAAAAGGCUGGCCAACUUUCUAUUGGCAUAUAGAAACAGUAAACAUAUGACCACGAAUGAGACCCCAGCAAAGCUCUUCAUUGGACGUAACUUACCGUCGCGGCUUGAUUUGAUCAAACCGGAUAUAAGACGAUGCGUUGAUGAACACCGCUGGAAACAAGAAUCCAAGCGACAGGUUCCUUGUAGAUCAUUCUCUGUUGGAGAGCCGGUAUCUAUACGUGACUAUCGUGGUUCACAGAAAUGGAUUUAUGGCAAGGUUGCAGAGAAGACGGGCCCGGUCUCGUACAAAGUUGAAAUUGCACCAGGUGUAUUUUGGCGUAGACAUUUGGACCAGCUUCGUGCUACAGAGGUGGUCGAGAAACCAUCAGAAGUCAACUUACCUGUUAAAGGAGAUGUUACACCCAACUCUCCAACAGUCUUACUGGAAAAUACAGUCAGUAACAAGUCAAGAGUCAUCGACAACAGUGUGUCGUCAGUACCAUCAACAAUGUGUCAAGAGUCGUCAAGUGAAGUCAGUUCACCGUCUCCUGUCAUUGAGCCUUGUCCGACGCCAGAGAAUAUGUUGACGCCGAAGCGGCGUUAUCCACGUCGCAACAUCGUUCCACCAAAGAAGCUUCAAGACUUUGUUACGACCUAG